ACUAUGAAUCUUUAAAUGCAGUGUUGCCAAAUGUUUUUGCGUCCAAGGGGACUUUGCAUAGAUACCAUCUGUUGCCUACUUCCGGAUCUUUUUAUUACUGCUAUGCCUAUAAUGCAAGUUAACUUUACUUCCUUGUAGCAUUCACAACGAAUAGAGGAACUGACCAUUUUGCGUCAGGGCUUGGACUGUAUGAAAGACUAGGCUUUUUCUAAUCUCACCCGAUAAAAACAUGAAUUAAUGCAAGAGGAUACCCUACAGUUUAACGUUGAUUGUUUCAUUUAUUGGGGGCAAAGAUGGCUGGGCUGGGGCGAAGCCAGCGUGGGGAGUUGACGGAGUACAAGAAGAGUCUGAUCAAGAGAGACCUGGAGAUGGGCGUUGUCAUGACAGUGUUCCGGCAGAAAGCUGAGCGUCUCACAGUCCAGGUCAUCAUGGAGACUAGGCAGGUGGCCUGGACCCGAACAGCUGACAAAACUGAUGGAGUCCUGGACCUGUUUGAGAUCCGGGAGAUUCGUCCAGGGAGAAACUCCAAGGACUUUGAGAGGUUCAGAGAUGGCAAGGAUAAACACGCUGAAAAUACCUGCUUCACCAUCUUCUACGGGUCCCAGUUUGUACUUAACACCCUGAGUGUUGGGGCGGACAGUGUGGAUGAUGCAGAGAAAUGGCUGACAGGCCUGGAGUUACUAAGACAGGAAACACUGGUGGCCCCUACCCCAGAUAUCAUAGAGAGCUGGUUGAGGAAACAGAUGUAUUCAGUUAAUCAGACUAAAAAGAACAGCAUCUCAUUGAAGGAGUUGAAGUCUCUUCUGCUACUGCUGAACUUCAAAGUGCCUUGCACACGCUACCUGAAAGAAAAGUUCUCGGAAAUUGGGGCACGGAAAGAUGUCCUGGACUUUGAGCAGUUUCAUAAAUUAUACAAUAUCCUAAUGUUUGAACAGAAAGAUAUUCUGGAAGAGUUUAAAAGAGAGUCUUGUGCUUUCAUCUUGGGUAACACUGACAAGCCUGAUGCCUCAGCAGUUCUCCUCCAGGAUUUUCAGAGGUUUCUUCUGUACCAGCAGAAGGAGUCAUGGGCCAGUGAACUGAACCAGGUCAGAGAGCUCAUGACCACCUUCAUAGACGACACCAUGAGGAAGACCAAUGAUCCAGAGUUCACUGUCAGCGAGUUCCUCAGUUUCCUCUUCUCUAAGGAGAACUCAAUUUGGGAUGAGAAAUAUUCUGAGGUGUGCAACCUGGAUAUGAACAACCCACUGUCCCACUACUGGAUCAACUCCUCACACAACACGUACCUGACUGGAGAUCAGCUCCGCAGUGAGUCGUCCACCGAGGCCUACGUGCGCUGUCUGCGUCUGGGAUGCCGCUGUGUUGAGUUGGACUGCUGGGACGGACCAAAUGAACCCAUCAUAUAUCACGGUUGGACCAGGACCACCAAGAUCAAGUUUGAGGACGUGGUGAAGGCCAUCAAUGACCAUGCCUUUGUCACAUCUGAAUACCCUCUGGUGCUCUCCAUCGAGGAACAUUGUUGCGUGGAGCAGCAGAGGCAGAUGGCUCGUAUCUUCAAAGAGGUAUUCCAGGACAAGCUGCUGACGGACCCUGUGGAACUGAUGGCUGAACAACUGCCCUCCCCAGCGCAGCUCAAGGGCAAGAUCAUCCUCAAGCACAAGAAACUGAGUGUGGAGGGGGGCAUCAGCCGUAAGGACUUCCGAAAGGGAGAGAAGCAAGGUGACCUGCACAUCUGGGACCCAGUGGACCAGAGAUGGAACAAGCACUACUGUGUGAUUUCAGAUGAUAAACUUUAUUACGCAGAGGAGGAAGAGGAAGAGGAACCACAGAGGAAGUCCUCAGAUCUCCACACGUCAGAGCCCUGGUUCCAUGGGAGAAUGAGCGAGGGCCGUCAGACAGCAGAGAGGCUGCUGCAGGAGUUCUGCGCCGAGUCAGGAGGCAGGGACGGCACCUUCCUGGUCCGAGAGAGUGACACCUUUGUGACAGACUUCACUCUCUCAUUCUGGCGCAGUGGGAGAGUCCAGCACUGUCGUAUUCGCUCCGGCUCAGACGGAAAUAAGACCUUCUACUUCCUGACGGACAACCUGCACUUCCCCAGUGUGUACUUACUGAUCCAGCACUACCGGGAGAUGCCACUCCGUUGCCACGACUUCGACCUCAGACUCACUGACGCUGUGCCUCGGCCCAACCCACACCUACUGGAAGGGUGGUUUUACAGUAACCUGAGCAGAGGGGAGGCAGAGGAUUAUCUGUUGAGGAUUCCCCGGGACGGAGCCUUCCUCAUAAGACAGAGAGAGGAGGGCGACUCGUACGCCAUCACCUUCAGAGGCGACGGGAAGGUCAAGCACUGUCGGAUCCAAAAGGACGGCGCCAUGUACGUCCUGGGUACCACCACCGAGUUCCAAAGCCUAGUGGAGCUGGUCAACUACUUCCGUAAGAAGCCUCUGUACCGCAAGAUCAAACUACGCUACCCUGUCACGCUGGAACUGGUCAACCACUUCAGCAAGGAAAGUGACUCCGCCUCGCUCUAUGAUAUCAAGAUGUAUGUGGAGCCAAAUGAAAUCGAGCCAUCGCUGCCUAAAAGCACCAUUAAAGCAUUGUACGACUACAGAGCCAUGAGACCUGACGAACUGAGCUUCUGCAAGGGGGCUCUGAUCCACAACGUGUCCAAAGAGAGCGACGGAUGGUGGAAAGGUGACUAUGGGGGAAAGGUGCAGCAGUUUUUCCCAGCAAACUACGUCGAGGAAGUGUUCCACAAUAUGACAGCUGAGUCAAAGGAGCAGGUCAUGGAAGAUAACCCCCUGGGCGAUAUGUGCAAAGGAAUCGUGGACAUUUCCAAGUGUAAUGUUGUGAGGUCAGCGAAGAAUGGGAAGUCCCAUGUCUUGACACUGCAGAUAAACGAGGACCACAGUGGCAUGCAUUUUGACUUUGCAGCAGAGUCCCUGGAAGACCUGUUUGAGUGGUACCAGGUGGCCUGGGACAUCACUCAGAGAGAGAUCACCAAGAAGCACAACAUGGAGUUAGAGAUCAAGCAGCAGGAGGAGGUGGAAAAAAAUGAAGAAGUUGCUAUGGAAAUGUCUGAUCUGGUGGUGUACUGCCAGCCUCGCAGCAAGGAGAAGGAACGCUUUGGGAACUAUGACUACAAAGAAAUCCGCUCCUUUGUGGAGAACAAGGUCCCGGCCAAGAACAAAACCCCACAAUUUCUGAAGUACAACCGCAAGGCCUUGAGUCGCAUCUACCCCAAGGGCCAGCGUGUUGACUCCUCGAACUAUGACCCUUACCCUCUGUGGGCCUGCGGUUGCCACAUGGUGGCGCUCAACUUCCAGACUGCAGAUAAGUACACUCAACUCAACAGCGCCCUCUUCAGUCUAAACGGACGUACAGGCUACGUUCUGCAGCCGGAGAUGAUGCGAUCCGACAGCUACGAUCCGCAGAUUGAGAAGAAGAAAGUCAAGUUCACCCUUACUGUUCGGGUGAUAGCUGCCAGACACCUCCCCAAGCCAGGCCGCAGCAUCGCCAGCCCCUUCGUGGAGACAGAGCUGUUAGGACACACAGAGGAGAACAAGUUCAAGACCAUCGUUUAUCGUGACAACGGGCUGAACCCAGUGUGGAAGGCACCUCCAGAGCCUGUCAUGUUCCCAAUCCACGAGCCAGAACUGACCUUCCUACGCUUUGUGGUGAACGAGGAGGACAUGUUCUCAGAUCCCAACUUCCUGGCUCAGGCUACUUUCCCUGUGAAGGGCAUCCGCUCUGGCUAUCGGUCUGUUCCUCUGAAGAAUGGCUUCAAUGAGAGCAUAGAGCUGGCUUCUUUGCUCGUCUACAUCGACAUGCAGCAGGUGGAGAAAGCGGAGGAGGAGCUGUACUCAUCAUCCAGCCAACUGCGGAGGAGGCAGGCGGAGUUAAGCAACGAGCUCUUCCUGUACGACACCCACACCAGCCUUCAGCGCUCAGCCCUGCCCCAGGUCCGUGAUGACCUCAUGAGAGAGUUUAGCACCAACGAGAAACAGCUAGAGAAGAUCCAAGACACCUGCCGACAGAAGAUAAAGGAGAAGAAAAUCAACAACAGCAGAUUCUAUUCCUGAGGACUCAUCCUGAGUUUGUGGAUUCCUCCCAAACACUGGUCCAAACCCAAGGCCAAGAGAGGAAUGUGGGCCGGACACCUUUUCCCCAGGGAUUGCAUCAUGGAUGUUGUGUUGCUGAUUUCAAAAACAUUUAUUAGCAUUUCUUUGUUUCUGUUAUGGUUACUAUGAUGAACAGUGUAAGACGCUCUGUACAGCAUCGUGAUGAUCAUUUCCAUUUUCCUCUGAGGUUUUUAAAGAGAACAGGAGUUGCAGGUAGGGACAUCAAGUAGUGUUACUGGAAUGCUGUUUGUUUCUUGUUUUUUUUCCUCACAGCAAAUCUAUUCUUUCACUACUGAUAAUGAAGGGGUCAUUUUCAUAGCACACCUUUAUGCUCUAGCUAUGUUGCUUUGGUAAUACAUCUGUUUAGAUUUUCUUUUGUUUCUUCAAGUCAUUUUUAUAAAUUCAAUGAAAAUA